AUGGCGUGGCGUAACCAAGGUAUUACCGGUUCUAACAAUAUCCCACUGGGCCGUCGCAGGUUUGGCGAUGAGCCGGAUGAAACUCCAAGCUCCUCGUCAACUCCAGCUCACAUGGAUGGUGGGAACAAGCGCGGCAGGAGUCCGGUGAGAGCUGAUCCUCCUGCAGAUGGAACCAAGAGGCGAAAGAAGCGUAACCGCUGGGGUGAUGCCCAAGAGAACAAGGCUGCUGGCCUGAUGGGUCUUCCGACUCUGAUCAUGGCAAAUAUGACCAACGAGCAGCUUGAAGCUUACACUCUUCACCUACGUAUUGAAGAAAUUAGCCAGAAACUUCGUAUUAACGAUGUUGUCCCGGCUGAUGGAGAUAGGUCUCCCUCGCCGGCACCACAGUACGAUAACCUUGGUAAACGUGUAAACACCAGAGAAUAUCGUUACCGCAAACGCUUGGAAGAUGAGCGUCAUAAGCUUAUUGAGAAAGCUAUGAAAGUUAUACCUAACUAUCAUCCGCCCUCUGACUACAGGCGUCCGACUAAGACCCAGGAGAAGGUCUAUGUCCCUGUUAAUGACUACCCAGAGAUUAACUUCAGUAUGAUAACUAACCCUCUAACUCCUAACCGUCCUACUCUUUUCCGUCUCUUUCAUUCAUUCUUUUUUUUUUUUUCUCUUUUUUGCUCCAGGCUCGAGAUUUUCUCGACCUGCUGGUUUUUCAUUUCUUUCUCUUUUCAACUUGUCAUCAGCUUGAUGGCUUUUCUAUCCUUUUUCUCUCCUCCCUCACAUACUAACCCAGUUACUACUAAUUCCUCUCAUUCACUACUGAUAUAA